AUGGCUUCUCCUACUGCGACUACUGCAGAGAACACCACGGCUACGCAUACGAUGCCUGGACACACUGUUCCCGCAGCAACAAACACUAUGCCUACAGGCACUGCUCCAACUGCAGAGACUGGCCGAACCACUGGUUCUAUGCCUCCUACAACAAACGCUGAUCCUACUGUCGAUACUGCCCCCACAACGAAUACUGCCGCCACUGAGAACGUCACGCUAUCUUCAGCACCAACAUCACCCACCAUCCCCCCAAAGCGCGAAGCAGAGCCAACAGACGAAGAUGUCCUACGAGGCCCCCCACCACUCCCAUACAACCUCCGCGAACAUAAACUCAUGAUCUUCCUCUUCUGGAUGCUCAUCCUAACAGAAUGCACCCUCAUCCCCAUCAUCUUCUACUUCUGCAUCAACUACCUAACCGACAUGCGACCCGGCGCCAUGUUCGCCAUCAUCACCGCCAUGUUCGGCUUCAUCUCAGGCGGCGAGUACGGUCUUAGAGGGUUGCGUCUCGCGUUGAAGAAGGACACAUAUCGUCCUUUGUUUGGAGCGGGACGGUGGAACUUUGAUACGGUGCAUCUUGUUCUUGGACAGCCUUACUUUGUCAUGACGGCGCUUAUGAUUGGGUUCAGUAUUCCUGAUCCCCCGAUUAUGAGGGGCUUGAGUAUUAUUAUGCCUGUUGGUAUUCUUAUGGUGACGAUUUAUAUGAUGUGGACUGGUAUUGCGCAUCAUUUUGGUUGGCAUUUGCGUUGGCACCGUCUGAGCUCGCAUGUCGUCGGGGAUGUCUAUCCACCCCUGACAUUCCCCAUCAUGGAGGAUAUAACAGCCUGCGACGGCGGCGGCGGAAAGGAAUACCGCGAAGCAGCACUCAAGCGCUACAAGGCGUCGCCUCGGUUCCGACGGAUGUUGGUAGAGAUGCUCUGGGGAUGGGCAAUCACUGGAUCUGUUUUGAGUAUUGUGCUUAUUGCCCUGGCGUGGAUUUUGCCUGUCGAGAUUGCGUACACUUUGGGUUGGGCGGUGCCGAGUGUUUGGGGAGGUAUUGGUGCGUUUAUCACUAUUAAAUGGGGACAGAGGAGUAUUAGGAUAGAGAAUGAAAUGUGGGAGAAGGAUCAUAAGAUUGGAGCUUAG